AUGCCAAAGCCGAAAAUUGCGAUUCUUGACGGUGGCCUUGGCACGCAUCUGGAAAAUAUCAUAGGAGAUGAGGUCUCGAAAGGACCCCUGUGGUCGACACAAGCUGUCAUAAGCCAUCCGUUGAGCGUUUUGAAAACCCACAGAAAUUUCAUCAAUGCAGGCGCGACGAUCAUCGAAACCGCUACGUAUCAAGCUUCCCUCCCUGGCCUGAUCAAGUCUGGUCUACAGGAGUACGAAGCUCGAGAACUUAUGUGGAAGGCAGUCUCUUUGGCCAAAGAAGCCGCGGCUGAUUCCGAUGCAUCCAUCGCACUUUCGUUGGGUCCAUUUGGGGCAACCUUGCGGCCAACACAAGAAUUCGAAGGAUUCUACCCUCCCCCCUACGGACCAAAAGCUUAUCAUCCAGAAGGUCCCAACACGCAGGCAUUUGAUUCAAAUGAAGCGGAGGCCCGUGCAAUCGGUGCUCUUGCUCAGUUUCACCUUGACCGUCUCCUCGUGUUCAGUCAAAACUCUGCAGUGUGGGACUCUAUCCAAUACCUCGCGUUCGAAACUCUGCUUCUGCCGCGAGAAGUCAUUGCAAUUCGCAAAGCCGUCGGCCUUCUCAGAACACACCUAUUCAAAGAACACCGCUCAUUUGACAAAUCGUGGUGGAUCAGCUUCGUCGUUCCCUCAGAUGCUACCAACCCCUCGGUCCUCCCCUUGGUUUCUUCCGCUCUGUGUGAAGGCCACGACCUUCCGUCUGCCAUCGGGAUCAACUGCACCUCUUUCGGCACACUUCUGCCACGAACAUUGGAACUAUGUCGAUUGGUUCCAAGGUUCCGUCCGUUGUCGCAACUAGGCCUCGUGCUUUACCCAAACGGAGGGACUUAUGACACGACCAAUCAGCGUUGGCUUCCGGAUCCCGUUGACGCUGACCGCCAAUGGGGACUGGCACUUAGAGAUGUCCUUACGGGAGUCCUCUCGGAGACCGGGGCGGAAGGAUGGAGGGAGCUGAUAGCAGGAGGUUGUUGUCGAACAGGACCCUCGCACAUCAGCCAAUUUGCAGAACUUCUUCGCGAAUUCCAGGAAUGA